ACAGUCCACAWUAAUUGCACGAGGUGAGUAAUUUUGUGAAAUUYGUAAAUUGUWAUAUAAGUAUAUAGUAUUCGAUAGACUAUUAACAUUUAUUACAUCUCUUAGCUGACGCUGUACACUAUUAGGACCCAUACUUACUGUCUAAUUUCGACUAGUAUAAUGAAAUAACAACUUUGAGUUAAUACUUYUUUUAAACAUUUUGAAUAUUUGAGUUUUGAGUUUGACAAUUUUUCACCAUGAAAAUUGAAGAAGUAAAAAGUACCGUAAAAACUCAACGUAUAUCCAGUCACAGUCAUGUCAAAGGAUUGGGUCUUGAUGAAUUUGGUGAAGCUAUUCAAAUGGCUUCUGGCUUAGUUGGUCAAGAAGAUGCCAGACAAGCUGCAGGUAUUGUUGUUGAUAUGAUUAGAACAAGAAAAAUGUCUGGCCGUGCUGUCUUAGUUGCUGGACCUCCAGGUACAGGCAAAACUGCAAUUGCACUUGCAAUUGCUCAUGAACUUGGAAAUAAAGCAGAAGAAUAUGUACCUUUGCCAAAAGGUGAAGUCCAUAAAAAGAAAGAAGUUAUCCAAGAUGUKACUUUACAUGAUUUAGAUGUUGCUAAUGCCCAACCAAAAGGUGGUCAAGAUAUACUCUCRAUGAUGGGUCAACUAAUGAAGUCUAAAAAGACAGAAAUCACAGAUAAAUUAAGAAAGGAAAUUAAUAAAGUGGUAAAUAAGUAUAUUGAUCAGGGUAUUGCUGAAUUAGUCCCAGGAGUAUUAUUUAUAGAUGAAGUUCACAUGCUUGAUUUGGAGACAUUCACAUACUUGCACAAAGCAUUAGAAAGUACCAUCGCUCCUAUUGUUAUUUUUGCUACCAAUAGAGGCCAUUGUACUGUCAGGGGUACAGAUGAUAUUGUUGCUCCUCAUGGAAUACCUAUGGAUUUACUUGACAGAUUGUUAAUAAUCAGAACACUUCCCUAUAAUCGGGAAGAAAUGGAAAUUUUAAUUUUUAUCAGGUAUGCCAUUCAAUUGUUAACUCCGUCGUCACAAAAUGCCAAGAUGAAUGGACAUGGAUCAAUAUUACGAAUAGAUAUAGAAGAAACAGCGUCAUUAUUCAUGCAUGCUAAAGAAUCAUGUAAAAUUCUAAAAAAAUGUGCCGAUAAAUUUAUGAAAUAAUUUGUAACUUGAGUUUAUUACAUUUGUGUACUGAUUUUUA